AUGUUCUUCGUCAAGAACAUGGACCGCGAGGUGACCAUCCACCCUUCCUACUUCAACAGCGAUGCCUCACGAAUUGUCCUGGACCGUCUGCGAUCAGAUAUCGAGGGCACGAUCGAGGGCACGCUCAUGGUGAUCCGUAUUGUGGAUGUGGAGGAAAUCAGCGAGCCGAAGCUCCAACCAGGAACGGGCAUGGCGGUAUAUCAUCUGAACUACCGGGCGAUCGUCUGGCGGCCGUUCCGUGGUGAGGUGGUGGAUGGAUUGGUGUCAAGCGUAGUGAGCAAUGGCUUCUUCGUGGACGUGGGUGCGCUCAGCGUGUUCGUCAGUAAGGCGAUGAUACCCAAUYCACUCAAGUACAGCGUCGAUGGCUCCACACCCCAGUUCACCGACAAUGUGGAUCAAAGCGUGGAACGAGGUACGCAGGUUCGAUUACGCAUCAAAGGUAUCCGUGGUGAAAUGGGUAGCAUGUAUGCCAUUGGCAGCAUCCGCGAGGAUUAUCUUGGCCCGUUACUCCAGUAG